GGCAAAGUAGAUAUUUCAUGUUUGAAGACCUGAACACACAAACACACAACACUCGUCUCCUAGCAACCCAUGUUACAUACAAACCCGCAAACGGUCUUUAGCCAACGUUUAUUGUGUAACACGUUCAGACUGUUUAUUGCGGCUUGCAUCUCGCAUCACACGUUCCCAGUCAGUAGAGGAGACAACAUGUCGAGUGCUGCGAAGAGGGCCGGGAUUGGUGGAUGGAUGAAUUAGCUCUCUCUAUUCUACGUACAAAGGAUUGGAAAAGGUUUCUUUCAAUACUCGAACAUUCUGUAUGAUGAAACACGUAGCAUUGCCCAAGGAAAUAACAUCCUCAAAAUAUGGGAUGUGCCACAAGUGGUAUAGGCACACAGAGACGUGUAACCAGCAGCUUGGGUGCUGAUCUUCUCGAUACGUUCCUCCGGAUAGACCGCGACAUAUGGAGAGAAGAGAAGGCUGCCCCUGCACCGUCAUUGGGACACUGCAUGGCGAGAUUGGAGAAAAUUAACAGUGAAAUUGAAGAAACGUUGAAUGAAAUGAAUAAUGAUCAAGUUCUAAUGCCUGGAGCUGUACCAGCCGAAGAAGAACAGAUUGAAUCUGCGGAUGAAUCAAUACACAGAGCGAUGCAGGAGCUGAGAAUAAACAGGAAUCCGGAAGUGGCAAUCGAGCAUGAAGAGUUUAUAGCUAAUUUGACAAGGAAGGCUUUGAAGCAGCAUUGUCUUCAUUGGCUGACCCGAAGGAAAAAAGAUACUGAGGCAGAAGUGGCAAAACUCAGCGAUAGAGUUCAACACCUUCAAAGACUGUACGAGCACCAGGAUACUGUACUCGGAGAAGUUCUUGGUUCAGCCUCAUCUGAACUUGAGGUCGAAUUGGAUCGGAUGAGGAGUUACCGAGAUACUCUCUACUCAGGAGAACUCCCUUGGAGAGAAGCUUCAAGACUCACCCAGGCAGGAGCCACCCUGGCAAGAGCUGGAUUCCAGAGCUGGGCUACUAUUAACACAACUCUGAACAGUGACUCUAGAUUCAGACUAGCCACAGAAUCUAGGAACGCCAUACAUGAAGCUACCAUGUGUAUUCAAACUGCGCAGUCAAUACUUCCAGGAGUUCAAUUUCCAUAUUGCACUUCUCGAGAAAUAAACGCGCUUUGGCAGGUUGUUGAGUAUUUGUACACAGAUAUGCAAGUGAUAGAUCGAUAUACUCAUGCAGGAGAGGCUUAUUCCAGUUUUCAAAAGAGAGCUGCCGCUCUCCAACAGUGGAUUCGCAAUCUGAUGGAACAAACAAUCAGGAAAGAUGUUCUGGACGUCGAUAAAAAGAUCACUGAGUUAUCCACAAGAUUGUGCAAUGAACGUGCCAACCAAAUAAGACAAGAAACGGGAUUGAUUGGUGGAAGAGAUACACCAUGCAGUAGCUCUAGUCGUAAAGUCGAGAGGGAUUCAAGAGAAAAGUAUUGGCGGCCAAUAACAAUGCAUGGAGCAGUCAUCGUGUCGAGGAGCAUGUCAGGGAGCAGACAGGUCUCACUCCAAGAUGAUGAUGAUGAUUAUUUUUAAGCCAUAAUAUCGAGUGACCUGGCUGGCUCAGGUCUGGUGUCAGAGUUUUCAGGUCGCAACUGAUCAAUUUCAGGGCCUCUGACAUGACCUUUUUAAGCAAUUGGCACACUUAUUCAUAAUUCAUACAAAUAUUUUUACAUGUAUGUUUUUGUGAAAUUUUGAUUGAGAUUAAAUGUUGUCAGAU